AUGUCUUCCAACAUUUACACAACAAGUUUAUAUAAAGACGUUCCACCUUUUACACUUCCAAUUAUUUCUAACAAAACUUUGAAACAUCUUGUUGUUAUCCACAGACAUGGAGACCGUAUGUCAAUCAAUCCAUCACACACUUCUUUAAAAGCACCCGACGGACACUUUUAUGAACCUGGAGAACUUACCGUUAAAGGAAAAAGCCAGUUGACUUAUUUAGGAAAAGAGAUGAGAAAGUACGUAACACAAUACAAACCCCUUUUCUCUCAGAUUAACAACAAAACAAUUAAGACGCGAUCGACUAAUGUUGGAAGGACAAUCACAUCAGCCCUCUAUUUUCUGAGUGCUUUUUUGGAACAAAGUGCCACAAUGAAUUCUGAAACUUUUGAGGUUAGAAGUGAGGACAAAGAAAACAUGCUCAUCAGCAUAGAGAAAAGACACAACACAAUUGUAACGGAAAAUAGAAAAACGUGCGACGAAGUGUUUUUGGCAAACCCUAAAAUUGUCGAAUUGUAUCAGAAAUACUGCAGAGUUUACAAUAUCUCUCCAAAGGAGGAAAAGUACUCAAAUCAAAUUGUAAACAUGUGCGACACUUUCAAUUUGUUUGUUUGUAACGACAUUCCAAUCCAAGUGAAUGACAAAGGCGAAACCAUUACACCGGACGAUAUGAAGUUUGCGGAGUCCAUUGGAGAGGAAAGUUUUGAAAUUGUUUUUGGAGAGAGGAGAGUGCUUGGAGUGUUUGCAAAUGAGUUUCUUGGAGAUAUCGUUAACGACGUCGAGAAUUCUAUAUUUGGAGAACCUAAAGAAAAGUGUGAGAUGCACCUUUAUAGUGCACACGACGUUACACUGUUUAUGGUGCUCAAAUUUCUCGGAUUUAAGGUGGACAAAUGGGUACCACUGGCGUCUUAUAUCAUAUUAGAAAUAUUCGAAGAUGGAGAUGGAAAGUAUGUGGUUAGACUUUCAUACAACUCACAGGUACUCAAAUUGAAAUGUCAGGGAGAGUCUGAAUUGUGUGAAUGGGACGUUUUUAAAGGAUAUGUAAAAGAAACAACAAAAGAGUUGUUGGAAGACAUUCAAUUAUAA